AUGAGUUAAACUCAACCAUCUGAAGAUGAGAUUCAAACUCUAAAAGAGUAAAUUCUUGAACUACAAUUGUAAUUAAAUCAGUACUCCUAUUUAUUAUCAUAAUCUAUUAGAAUUAAGAAUGAUGCAGAAGAAAAGGAAGAAUUUUACAACAAUGAAAUCGAAGAAAAAGACCAAACCAUUGCAAAACUUAAGAAAGGUUUUUCAGAAUCUGACUCUACAAAGUAAUAACUAUUUGCAAUAUCAAUUACAAAGAUUAAUAUUUUAAUUAUAAGAUGAAUUGAAAUAGCUCAAAUAAAAUUAUGAAUAUCUACAAACAGAGAAAGCAAUCAAUUAAGGUGAAGUAAAAGAAUCUUAAAAUUAAGAAUAAGAUGAGCUAAUUUAAACAAAAGAGUAAUAUUUAUAAUUAUAACAGAAAUGAAAUUAAUACUCUCAAAAAUUAAAUAGAAAAUGAGAAAGAAUUAACACUCAAAUUACAACAAUAAAUAAGUACAUUAUAAAUUGAUUAUGAAAAUAUGAUAAAUUAAAAAAAAAUAGAAUAAGUUUAAGAUAACAAUGAAGAAAUCUAAUAAUAAUUAAAGUAUGUUAUUCUUAAUAGUAAAAAGCAAUUAAAUAGAGAUAUAAAAACAAAAAAUUAAUAAUUUAUAAGCUGAAAAUGAAAAAUUGAAAAAAAUUUAAACUGAAAAUUCUAAUUAUGAACAUCAAAUCUUUAAAUUAGAAUAAUAGAUCUCCAUGUAAGCUAUUUAAAUCAAUUAAUUUGAAAAAUUAAAGUAAUAAAUAUUAAUUUAUAAUAUAAUUUUAGAUAACAAUAUGAAGAAUUAAAGGAGGAAACUUAAAAUUAAGAAGAUAUGGAAGAAAAAAUAAAAGGUUUAGAAGGUUAAAAGAAUUAACUUGAAAAUUAAAUAAAUUAAUAAUUAGAUGAAAUAAAUGAAUUAAAAAAUUAAAUUUAAGAAUUAAAUUAAAAAUCUUCAACUGUUGUCACAAACUCAUCAGAUAAUGAAGAGGUUUUAAGAGAAAAUGAAUAAUUAAAGUAAAUUUUUAAUUUAUAUUAUAGGUAAUAUAUAAAUGAGAUAGUAGAACUUAAUACGUAAUUGAAGCAUGAAAAUUUUACAAUCUCUGAAGAAUAUAAGUAUUUAUAAUAGGUUAAUUUUCUAUAAGAAACCUUAAAGAAUCUAACGAUUAACUUGUUACUGAAUCUGCUAAACUACUUGAUGAAAAUUAGUAAUAAUGAUUUAUAUUUAGACUUGAGAUUGAAUCAUUAAUAGAAUAAUUAAAGGAUCAAUAAUUUAUGGAAGAUACUAUUACUAAUUAUAAAUAAGCUUAGGAAAUUUAUAAGUAAAAAAUUUAAGUAUUAGAGAGAGAAAAAAAUGAAUUAUAAGAAAUUUUAAAUUAAGAAAAGUAAAUAUGUAUAUAAAUAUUAUAUUAGAUAAAAAUAUGAAAAUGCAUUUAAUUAAGUAAAAGAAUUAUUGUAAAAAAAAGAAUUUGAUCAAUAAAAGUUAACAAAAUGUGAAUUAAAUGAAUAAGAUUUGAGAGAUUAAAUUCAAUAAUUAACAAUUUAAUUAGAAUAAGUUUAAUUCUAAAAUUAAAAAACAAGCUUUAAUGAGAGUAAUACUUAAUAGUUACUUAAUGAAAAUAGUUAAUUAAAAUAAGAAAUACAUUAAUUACAGUAAUUAUUAUUAUAAAUCUUAAAGGAUAGCUAGUCAAAGAGAGGCAUUUUAGAAGAAAGAUGAAUUUUCUUAAAUAAAAGAAUAAUUAUAGGAAUGGGAAAAUCUUACUUAACUUGUCUCUGGAAAUAUAAAUGCAAUUAAUUCAAAAGAUGUUAAAGUUUAAUAAUUAAGUAUUAAUAAAAAUAAAUAUUAGUAAAUUGUUUCUUGAAUUAUUAAGAGUCAAAUUUGUCCCAAUAAAAUUAAAUUGAUAUUUUGCAAAAUGAAGUAAAACAACAGAAAUUAGAAUUGAAUAAAUUGAACUCUGAAAAAUUAAAUCUAGAAUAAUAAUUGGUUUUAUAGAAACUUUAAGAAGAAUAAUUAAAAUAAAAAACUGUAAGAAAAUCAAUCUACCACAAUUAAAUUUAGAGUAGCGAUGAUUUAAAGUAAAUCAAUUUAAAAGUUAAGAUAAUAGUAUGAAAUCUUGCAGUCAAAGUAUGAUAGUUUGCUUCUGAUGAAACAGAGAUAAGAACAAAGUGAAAAAAACAAAAUAUUAGAGAAAGAAUAAAUAAUUUAAUUAGAACUUGAGAAUUCAUCUCUUAAAGAACAAAUAUAGUAAAUUACAACCUAAAAAGAAAUAAUAAGAAGCAAAAGAGAAUCUUUAGCAUCAAAUAUUAAAAAUGUUAAUGAUACUAUUAUUGUAGAUUUAAAUAAAAAAAUUUAAGAAUAAAAUUAAAUUAUUGAAUUAUAUGAGUUAAAAAUUAAGGAUCUAGAUCAAUAAUUAAAAACAUAAUAAUUUAUUCAAAUGGAUUAAUAGGAAGAUUGUGAAUAAUUAGAAACAAUAGAAGAAGAGAAUCAUAUACCUUUAAUUAGAUAAUUUGAUGAAUCUGAAUAUACAGAAUAAAUAUAGUUAAAAGAAUAAAAUGAAUUACUUUGGAAAUAGAUUAAUGAAUUAAAAUAACAUUAAAGUAUAAUUAUUUAUUUAAUUACUUAGAUAAUGAUGAAUUGAAAUAAUUAGCUGCUUAAAAUGCAUUGUUAAAAUAGGAAUUAUAAUAAUACAAAUAAAAUAAUUAAUAAAUAUCUAAUAUUGAAGGCCAUUUUUAACAAUAUAGUCCAUUGAAUAUUCUUAAAGUGCAAUCAUUUUUAAAAUAAAAGGACAAUAAAAAACCCAAAGAAAAAUUAAAAAAAUAAUAAUUAGUUUUAGAGAAUGAAAGUAAUCCUAUUACCAAAAAGAGAGAAAUAAUAAUGUAAAAAUUAAUUUUGGAAUAAAAUUAAAAGAUUAAUAAAAUAUCAGAUAAUUAUGAAUAAUUAAUGAUAUUAUUAAAAAAUAUCAUUUUAGAUAUUAAACAAAAGUAAAAUCAAUUAAAAGUUGAAGAAUUAACAAAAAAAUCAUAAGUCUUAUAAUAUUUAAGCAAAUUAAGACAAUCUACUGAAAUUAUACUUAACAAAUUAGUGUUAGUUUAAAAUAAAAAUGAAAUCUAUAAGUAAUAAUACUAAUAGUAGCAAUAAUAAAUUUAAGAUACUGAAGAACUUAUUUGA